CGGGAGGCUGAUGUCGUAUGGCAUGGCGAGCCAGCCUGGAGGCGCCAAGUCGCCGACGGUGGUGUACGACUCCUUCCUGGAGGACGGCCAGCCCGCGCCCCCCGCGCCGGCGGUGGUGGCGUGGCUGCUGCGGCAGGGCGUUCACACACUCGUGUGCGGCCACCAGCCGCACGGGGAUGCGCCCGUGCUGAUGCGCUGCCGCGCGCCGCACGCCCAAGGCGAGCUUGUCGUCGUGACUGCGGACACCUCCUUCAGCGACAGCGUCGAGUGGGUUGCGUCUCCGUCGGCGCCUCUGCCCGGGCAGAGCCAGCCGCCAGCCGGUCACCGACUCCAGCUGGCGGCGGAAGCGGCGGCGGCGGCGGCGGCGGCACCAGUGGCGACACCGGCCGGGGCGACGGCGGGUGUGCCGGGAUCGGAGAAGCCACGCGGGGCGCCGCCGCCGGCGUCGGCGCGGCCGCGGGGCAGGGCGGUGGUCGAGGUGGCAGGGAGCCUCGAGGGCGACGAGGCGGCGCUGCGCGUGCACGGCACGCUGUCAGACGGCGGGAGCCUCGACUUUUCGCUGGGCGAGGAGCCCCGCGUGGGGACGCUGCGUGCGGACGGUUGGUGGGU